GGCGGACAACAAGGUGGACGACGACAGCCCAUGUCUCAUGUUCAAAGGCGACUCGCGUCCACGGCGGCGAGGCUCGCGACCGUAUCUGCCUCUCAUCUAAAAGCAUUUCCGCCUAAGGAGGCUGUAGUCCUGAAGCCUUCGUCCUCUAAGGCCAAAACCGAGCACACGCCCAACUUCUUCGAUGCAGAGACAUGGGCCUCACUCCAGCCUCCGAACCCGGCUACGCUGUCUGCAUUCGCCCAUCGAAUAGGCUUGGGAAGGGUCCUCGCCAACCCCGUGGAGGCUGUUCAGCAGGCCGGCACCCACCCAUCUUUCCUUUCACUGUAUGCAAGGCACCAUCCAACUGAACCCGCACCCGCAACCAACGCCAACCUCGCCUCGCUAGGCAACUCGCUCUUGGGUCUCUUUGCCACGGAACACGUAAAUUCGACGUUCCCGCACCUGCCAACCCGUGUCAUGAAGGCCGCGGUCAGCGCGUAUGUUGGACCGACCACCUGUGCAAACAUUGCAAAGGAGAUGGGUGCUGGCCAAAUUCUUCGUUGGAAACGGAUACCAAAUACGCCUACAAGGCCAGCCGUUUUACACGCUGAUGCCAUAUCAUCUGUCCCUCGAGCUUUGACAGCUUUGGUGUAUCAAAAUCAUGGACUGCUUUCUGCAAGACGCUUCGUGCAGAGGUUCUUCUUGAGCCGCGAAGUCGACCUGAGGAACAUGAUCAAAUUUCGAGAUCCGAAAGUUGCAUUACAGGAAACCGUCGCAAAAUUUGGUCGCGAACGGCCGAUCUCGAGACUGCUUCGUGAGACAGGUCGGCUGUCUAACUCGCCAGUGUUUGUGGUCGGUAUCUACAGCGGUACCGAUCAACUUGGAGAGGGCUUCGGAAGCUCAUUGAAGAUGGCAGAGUAUAGGGCUGCUGAAGAUGCUCUUCUACGGCUCUACCUGACGAGGCAGCCACCAAACCUGGUGCAACUCCCGACAUCAACUUUCCCUGAUGCGCGGGGCGAUGUCUUCAGCGCAGAGGGCUCAGCCGUGUCGUACAUUCCGGUAGCUAUGACCGACACUGAAAUCAAGUACGGCAGUGCAGAUAGAACGGGUAUGCGCACACCUAGACCCCGUGAUUCGCUAGAGGACGACGUCGACUAAGCUUCUGGGGAAUUAUUAGUCGCGUUAGGCUAUAUACACCACAUCUAAUUGCUUUCGUGCGUCGCCGGGUUUUUGGAUAUAUGCCUAAGAAAAUGGUUGGUUUUUCGAUUCCUGCACUCCUCACAUACCUGAAACUUGACCUGAGUGGGAUGUUGAGCGAGCGACGCUGGGUACUGCAAUACAUGCAU